AGGUCUCGGGCCCUCAGGCGGAGCGGCGGGCGCCGGACCCCCAGGAGGAGCGACAGGUCUCGGGCCCUCAGGCGGAGCGGCGGGCGCCGGACCCCCAGGUGGAGCGACAGGUCUCGGGCCCUCAGGCGGAGCGGCGGGCGCCGGACCCCCAGGCGGAGCGACAGGUCUCAGGCCCCCAGGCGGGGCGGCGGGCACCGAGUCACCAGGCACAACCGUGGGCUCCGAGUCAACUGGGAUGACCGCUGGCACUGGGUCAGACAUUGGAUCGUCUGGCUGGACAGCGGGCAUCGGGUCACCAGGCAUCAGGUCAUUUGGCUCGACAGCGGGCACCGCGUCAUCUGGCAAGGCAGUGGGCUCCGAGUCAACUGGUAUGACCGCGGGCACUGGGUCAGACAUUGGAUCGUCUGGCUGGACAGCGGGCACUGGGUCACCAGGCAUCAGGUCAUUUGGCUUGAC